AGGGCCCACUGAAAUACAAUUCUUGCAUGCUCGUAAAUACAAAAGUGUGCAACAGCGAAGACAUAAACAGCUUAAUAGCAACCAUGUGCGGUUCCCAAUUUACAUGUGUUUCGCAGAUACAAGUGCAUAAAUCAACCUAAUUAUUCACUUAACCCAUUACGCUCCUGUCUCAGUACAUUUGUAAUAACAAUAACAACAUGGCGUUGUUCUGACAUGUUCACAAAUUCAUACGCAUGUCGGAAAUAACACCAUCUAUUUUGCAGUCUUCUGUGAGUGCAAAAAUACCCGCUGCAUCCUGGCACUUCAGAUGACAGAUACCUAGCUCUGGUGUAUUGGAACAACAUAAUGCCCUUGGAGGGUUUAGAUCAGGGGAUGUCAUUAAUAUUUUUCCAAAUUUGAGCCUAUGACGCGCUUUGAGACUCUUUUGUGAAUACGAGCUGCGAACAGUUAAUCGUUUUGACUUGCCUUCAUUUGAUAUGAGGCUCCCUCCAGUGACAUUAAUGGCAGACAUCUUGAGUGACAUGACUAUUAUUGUAAAAGAACCAAAAAGAUAGGAACGCUUAAAACAUUAAGAUGCAUUUGUUAGUUUUCAUGGAAAGGUCAUGUUAAGAAAUUGGAGAAAAAUCCUACAUAUGGAAAAAUGUCAGAAUUCAGAAUUUUGCAAAUCAUGAAAUUUCAUUGUUGACACAUAACGGCAAAUUUAUUUGGGCAUUAUAAGUGGAAAUAUAUUAGUUAAAAACAAUUAAUAGGCUACCUCGUGAAUGAUUAAAAACUCCCAAUACUUCAAAUACUCACAUCAGUAAAAUUGAUCGAUUUCCAAAGUGAAAUUUAGUGGGUCAUGUAUGUCUCAUUAUUGCUAAAAAUGAUGUGAAAAUGGAUUAAAAAGAGAUAAUGGAUUAUACUUGUUUGUUUUCUUACAUUAAUUUUAUUUUUUAAGGUGCUUUAUAUUUGUAUGUUUACCUGUUUUUAAUGUUUGCGACUAAUCCACUGAACAAGAAGUACAUCACACUUAACUUGAGUGCAACGUCACCUCGUCAAAAUCAUUCCUUCAAAUUCUCUCGCGCGUAAAAGUCGAGCGUGACUGAAUCUGACCUUGACGCACAGCUGGAGCGGCGUCAGUCAUCACUUUUGUCAAGAAGCGAAAACAUGGUUAGUUGCGGCUCAUAAUCCUCGGAGAGACAGAGCCUCUUUUUUGUGCUUCCAAUUGGAUACUCGACACCUACGUUUUAUGAGGAGUGCGAUGGUGGCGCUUGCCUUGCGUUUGCAUCCCAUUUUGAAGGCUUUCCAGGAUCCGACCUGUGCGCGCAACAGAAAACAGAAACCGCUCGCGCUCUUAGCAGAGAGACGUUCUUUUUUAUUUUUUGACUCUUUUGAGAACUUCGGGAGAGAUUCAAAAGUGCAAGUGAAAGUCAGCAGCAAAAACGAGUCACCCAGUCUGUUGUAAAGUCGAUUAUGGAACAAGUGGAUGCGCUCAAUUGUUCUUCUCCAACUUCUGCCUUCAACAACGGCUCCUCAGACGACUUGGCGCAGAGUGUUCCCUUCCAGGGGGGCAGCACCCUGAUGACCGCGGUCAUCUCCAUCACAGUCUUCGUGGUAGGAUUAGCCGGCAACAGCCUGGCCAUCUUCGUGGUGCUUCGUUAUGCCACCAUGAAAACGGUGACCAACAUCUACAUCCUCAACUUGGCUAUCGCCGACGAGCUCUACAUCAUCGGGCUGCCUUUCCUCACCACGCAGAAUGUGCUCUCCUACUGGCCUUUCGGAUCCUUCCUGUGUCGGCUCGUCAUGACCGCGGACUCCAUGAACCAGUUCACGUCGAUUUUCUGCCUCACCGUCAUGUCCCUUGACCGCUACCUGGCCGUUGUGCACCCCAUCAGGGGAUCCAAGUGGAGGCACCCGCGCGUUGCCAAGGCGGUGAGCGCAGCGGUGUGGGCCGUCUCUUUUGUGGUGGUCCUACCUGUCGUCGUCUUCUCUGAUCUAGUAACUGAUUCUGAAAUGUCCCUUUAGGACACAUUCAACUCUUGCAACAUGAUCUGGCCAGAGCCAAAAGACAUGUGGUCAACAGCCUUCAUUCUCUACACCACCACGGUGGGCUUCCUUGUGCCCCUGCUCAUCAUCUGCCUCUGCUACCUAUUGAUAGUCAUCAAGGUGAAGUCCUCUGGAGUGCGAUUGGGCUUCACCUCGCGACGGCGUUCUGAGCGUAAGGUGACACGCAUGGUGGUGGUUAUCGUGGUGGUGUUUGUACUCUGUUGGCUGCCGUUCUUCAUCAUCAACAUCAUCAACCUCGUGGUCAUCAUCCCCGAGUCCAGCGCCACCGCAGGAAUAUACUUCUUUGCAGUCAUCCUGUCAUACGCCAACUCCUGCGCCAACCCUCUGCUCUAUGGUUUCCUCUGUGACAACUUCAAACAGAGCUUCAGAAAGGUGCUGUGUCUGAAGAGGUUGAGGUGUAAUGCCAAUGGCGUGGAUGACGCCAACCCAAGUGCUCGCCGUGUAGUGAGGUCAAUGCCAACUGAAUGUGCCCCUUAUUCUCCUAAACAUCGGGUGUCUUACCACCCCCAGAGCAGCCAGAUCUUUCCUCAGCCUUCAGGCUCCCAGAUUUUUCACACAGCCGCUGACUUGCACUGCUGCGUCUCGACGCGCAAGCAGUCUUCCUCCACACUCCCGCCAAUCCCCCAGGACCACGACAAUUACAGCAACCUCCAUGAGCAAGGCAACUGAAAUUCCCGCUAUUAGCACAACAGCAACAGCGCCUGCCGUCUCUUAGGGAAUACGGCCUCUUGAAGAGGAGGCGGCGUUCAUGCCUCUCCUUUUUAAAAAAAAAUUAAAUCAAUUUCAAAUGCAAAAAAUCAUAUUGACAUGGUAGUGUUAUACUGUACAGAAAACUUAACCUACAAUCCUCAGAAAAUUAUCCCAGAAAAUAAAAGGAAAUAAAAAUGUAAAUAAGAAAGAAAGAAAGACAAAACGAAAGCGGAACGCUUGGGGCUUUCAGCUCCUCUCCAAUUCAAGUCAAGCACGAUUAAUAAAUCAUUUUCAAUUGAUUGUCCUUUUAUUAAUUCAGAUUGUUUGUUUGAAAUGAUUUCUACAACGCCAGAUUUCAAUCUCUUUUGCAAAUAGAUGUUGGGCCGCACGGUGAUCAACUGGUUACCAUGUCGGCCUCACAGCGGAGAGGUGCAGGGUUUGAUUCCGGCUACGGCCUUCCUAUGUGGAGUUUACACAUGUAGACAUGUUCUCCCUGCCUGCGUGGGUUUUCUCCGGGUGCUCUGGUUUCCUCCCUCAUACGAAAAUCAUGCAUGGCAGGUUGAUUGGGCACUCCAGAUCCUGCGUAGGUGUGAUUGUGAACAAUCUUUAUUUAUAUUUUGCAUAUACUGUUGAUUUCUUUGAUGACUUAUAGUUCUUUUUUUCUUACUAUUGUUGUUUACUAAUUUACUUUUUGAGAUAGAAAUCUGGUGUCGCUUAUAUUUCAAAUGCUCCCAUUUUUUUCUCUAUCGCUUAAGUCUCAGUGUUCAUUUCUGUCCUAACAUCAUUUAUCACAUCAACUAUUUUUUGGGCAGAAAGGUUCAUUUUGAAUUUCAUUUCCAAACACUUUUUUUUUUAAAUGUGGGUUUGAAGAUAAAAAACAAAAAAAGAAAUUAACUAUUGUCACUAUGAUCUUUCAGAGGUGCAUCUGAAAUUUAAUGGAUUCAUUUAAUGGAUAAGAGUUUAGAAACAGCAUCUCAUCCCAUCCUCCAUCUAGCCAUACUCCUGAAGUGGAAGCUGAGGAUGAAAAAAGUGUGAGAUGUGAAUGUGAGAAGGGGCAAGCAGGUAGCACAUCUACAAAAUGUAGCUGAAAUGAAAUAUGGGUGUAUAUAAUGUUUCUAUACGCAAGUGUUUUUGUGUUCAUAAAAGUAUAUAUGUUUGUGUGGACAUGUAGAAUUCCAUUCGGUUUGCUGGCAAAUGACGAAUGAUUGGAAACUUUGAAAACUGAAGGACUAAGUGCCAGUGGAAGUGGGUUUUCGUCCAUCACCGCAAUAUCCAUUAUCCGGGUCAGCACCAACGGCCAUUCUGAGUCCGUCACCGACUGACUCCCAAUUUGCUGACGUCUAACUGAAACACGCGUGUCUCACGUGUGUUUGUUCACGGGGGUGAAUAUACACCGAGGUUACUUCGAGUGGACUGGGUUAACUAUGUAUGGAAACGCAUCACCAGAAAUGUUCAGUUUUGACCGACAGUAGAUAACAUAGCCUGCCGAGUCCCUUUGCGGUCCCUCAACAACAAAGAGAAAGUGUUUGGUUUGGCCACACCAGUACAGAUGCACGGAUUGAUUUGUAAAUGCAUAUUGGGACUCAUACUUUUUUUCAUCAGCGACUCCCUGGGACUUGCAGGGCUCAAACUGGAAAAUGAUCACAGCUGACUGUGAUGCAUUUGUUGUUAUGAGUCCUUGUGGAUAAUGUUUCUUUUCUCUGUGUUAUUUGCAGUAAAAAUUGAGAAUUUACUGUGUUUUUAUUAAUGUAAUUCAUACAUUACAUACUUCAUAUCAGGGAUGCACCCAUCAGUCGGCCGGAAUCGGUACUGAUUUUCUGAAUUGCCGGGGGUUGGUGAUUGGUUGAUUGCUUAAAUUAAGACCGAUCGUGUCCACCAAUCUUGCGAUUGGAAACAGUCGGGAUCAGCAAGUUACGCUUUUUAAUGAUCGUUUAUGACCAGAGAAUUUGUGGUCGUUGCACGCCUAUUUUGUGUGUAUUUUGUAUCCAGAAGCUGUGAUGGUAGUGAAUUUAAAAGAUUGUAAAAGUAGGAAACUAAAACAACAGUGAAUGUAAGUGAUGUGUUGACGUGACGUGAAGACAUGUUACAAAAUUCUCAAAUGUAUCCAAUUUUCUACCUCAGACUCCAUACAUUAAAAACAUGACCAACACAUUUGAUUUGUAAUGCAUUUAUAUGGUACAGGAAACCAAAAUACAUUCUAUUUUUUGAUCGUGUUGUUGUUAUUUUCUGUGUUUCUUUGAAAUACAAAGCUGUGGUCAUACA